AUGACCGAUCUCGAUAAACAUCACGAUGUCCCCGAGGACGACGCCCAGCUGGCUCGUAUGGGCCACAAGGCCGAGCUGCAACGGAACUUUUCCACGCUCUCGAUGUUGGGCUUGGCUUUUGCCGUGUUGAAUUCGUGGACUGCCCUUUCGGCGAGUCUUUCGAUUAGUUUGACCUCGGGGGGAAGUGCCAGUGUGGUUUGGGGUCUCGUCACGGCCGGAACAUGCAAUCUGUGCAUUGCGGCUUCACUGGCUGAGUUUCUAUCGGCUUAUCCAACGGCGGGUGGCCAGUAUCAUUGGGUGGCUGUAUCCUGGCCGCAGUGGGUGCCGAUUCUGUCCUGGGUAACGGGUUGGAUUAAUGUUGCUGGAUGGAUUGCCCUGGUGGCCACCAAUGCGCUGCUGUCGAGUCAAUUGAUUGCCGGGAUCGUGUCGGCGGUUUAUCCGGGCUUCGUGUGGCAGCGCUGGCAGCAGUUUUUGAUCUAUGUCGGAUACACGAUCCUUGCGUUUGUGAUCAAUGCGCUUAUGAAUUCGGUCUUGCCGGUGAUUUAUCGCGGGGCUUUUACUUGGUCGAUUGGUGGGUUUGUCUUGGUUUCGAUCACCGUGUUGGCGUGUGCUUCGCCGGACUAUAGUUCUGCUUACUUUGUGUUUUGUGACUUUGUCAAUCAGACGGGAUGGCCGGAUGGCGUCGCUUGGUUAUUGGGGCUUCUCCAAGGAGGAUUAGGAGUGACUGCCUUUGACGCCGUCGCACACAUGAUCGAAGAAGUCCCUCAACCCUCUAUUCGAGGCCCCAAGAUCAUGGUCUCCUGCGUCGGCAUCGGCACCUUCACCGGCGCUGUCUUUCUCAUCGUACUGCUUUUCGUGGCAGGCGAUAUUGACGAGGUGAUCAAUUCCAGCGCCGGCCCGUUACUGCAGAUAUUCCUGCACGCGACAAAGAAUACGGCGGGUGCUAUUUGUCUUCUUAUGCUGCCGCUCGUCUGUCUUGCCUUUGCAACUCUCAGCGUCAUGACGACCAGCAGUCGCAUGAUAUUCGCGUUUGCUCGUGACGGCGGCCUUCCCGCAUCGCGAUUCUUCGCGCACGUACAUCCUAAACUCGGACUCCCGGUCAACGCGCUCGGAUUGACAGCCAUCGUGGUUGUGAUAUUCGGAUGUAUUUAUCUGGGAUCGACGAGCGCUUUCAACGCCAUUAUCUCCUCAUCGGUCGUCGCUCUCGAUCUAUCCUACGCAAUGCCAAUCGCUGUGAACUGUCUUCGCGGACGAAACAUCCUGCCCGAUCGGUACUGGAAGGUGCCAAGUGUGCUGGGAUGGGUUAUUGAUAUGAUUUCAUUAUCAUACAUCGCACUAACUACGGUGCUGUUUCUUUUCCCGCCGGGAAGGACCGUUACGGGGAGUAGUAUGAAUUAUUGUAUCGUCGCGUUCGCCAUCAUCGUCACCGUCUCGGUCGUGCAGUGGAUUGUUGACGGGCGGAAGAAUUUUAAAGGACCGAGGGUAGAGGUUUAA